GCCCCGAGACACGACAGGAGGCGGGGCCCACGCACGCCGCUGCCCUCGCAAUGCAGCUGCCGGCGGUCCGGCUAGUGUGGCUCCGGCGGGCUCGCUACUCCGAGCUGCUGGCACUGCAGGAGCAUUGGCUGCGGCGGCUGCAGGCUGACCCUAGCCCGGGGACCCCGUCGGGGACCGAGGCGGGCGCCCUCUUGCUCUGCGAGCCAGCGGGGCCCGUGUACACGGGCGGGCUACGCGGCGGCCUGACGCCCGAGGAGACUACACGGCUGAGGGCCUUGGGCGCCGAGGUGCGCGCCACUGGCCGCGGCGGCUUAGCCACUUUCCACGGCCCCGGCCAGCUGCUCUGCCACCCGGUGCUUGACCUGCGGCGCCUAGGCCUGCGCCUGCGCACCCACGUGGCGGCGCUGGAGGCGUGCGCCGUGCGCCUGUGCGAGCUCCGGGGCCUUCGGGGAGCUCGCGCGCGGCCGCCCCCCUACACCGGUGUCUGGCUGGGCGAGCGCAAGAUUUGCGCGAUCGGAGUCCGCUGUGGAAGGCACAUCACAUCCCACGGCCUGGCUCUGAACUGUUCUACAGACCUCACUUGGUUUGAGCACAUUGUGCCCUGUGGACUGGUUGGGACAGGAGUCACUUCACUGAGUGAGGCACUCCAGAGACUCGUCACUGUGGAUGAAGUAAUGCCAUCUUUCCUUGUGGCCUUCCAGGAAACUUUCAAGUGCACGUUAAUCUCUGAGGACAGCCCCAGAUGAAGGGUCCUUAAUUCACCUUAGCCGGGGGAUGAUGGUCCUGCGACAGAAGGCUCCUAGUCUGACUUGAGUCCCACAGAACCCGAUUCUAGAACUACUCUGUGAUUUACUGACCAUGACCGAGGACAGAUCCUGAGCUGUUGCUUCCUGUAUCUCUCCACCUACCUCAGGGAUCGAUAUGAAAAGUCACAUGCUACAUAAAGCAUCCCUGUGACUAUUGACACGUUUCUCGGCUUGGAGACACUCCAGUGUUAUAAACUGUCAUUUCAUAGUUACUUGCUACCUAGUGCUGUGUCUAACAGUGAGUUUGAUCUGUAGGUCUUUUGAGUUCUGUGGGAAUCAAAUCUCUGUGACCCAGGUGAAAGUGAUUCGGUAAAGUUAUUUCAUUCUCAAAAGACCUGAGUCUGUCUUCAAUAAUGGGGUAAGGCUCUUCAAAAAACAAAA